ACUGUGAGCGUCCCUAGCAGCAGUGGCUGCUGAGAUGUACGAACUUCCGGUUCUUCUUCGCCGCCCUGGCAGGCACCGCUGUCUCUGGCCACCUGCCGUCCUGGGCCUUCGCUAAGGAUCUGGCUGCCGCUUCUUUUCCAGAGGUGCCCAUGGUCUCACGUGGAGCCAGGGUGGCCGGCCCGGCGGCUCCGACGUGGUGAGAGGGUGGCCCGGGGACUAUGUCGGCCCAGCUCUGCCGCUGCUGCCUCAGAAACCUCUUGGCCUCCGCGCUGCUUUUGCUACUGCCCGCUCUGAGCAGGCCCGUGGCCGUGCUGCGGGCCGCCGAAGCCUCCCCUGGACUCGGGCCUCUGGCCUCUGGUCCUCGGACCCUGCCGCCGCUGUCCCCGGGUCCCACCGCUGCGCAGUCGCCGGGUCGUGCUCCAGCCGAAAGCCCAGUACUUCGCGGCCCAGAGGGUGGUAAUGGCAGCAGCCCUGGAGCGGGACUCUCAGCGGAUGAUCUCAGCGGGAAGGCCGGGGAAGCCUCCUUGGGGGGCAGCCUGGCUGUGAGCCCCAACCCUGGCGACAAGCCCAUGACACAGCGGGCCCUGACCGUGUUGAUGGUGGUGAGCGGCGCGGUGCUGGUAUACUUCGUGGUCAGGACAGUCAGGAUGAGAAGGAGAAACCGAAAGACAAGGCGGUAUGGCGUUUUGGACACUAACAUAGAAAACAUGGAAUUGACACCUUUGGAGCAGGAUGAUGAGGAGGAUGAUAACACUUUGUUUGAUGCCAAUCAUCCUAGAAGAUAAGAAUGUGCCUUUUGAUGAGAGGACUUCAUCUCUCUACCACGAAGAGCCACGUUUCUACGUUUCAGGAAUAAGAAGCCACUGUAUCAAGGGGUGGGGUAUUUAAGUUACAUACAUUGUGACCUUUAAUUUUUUGUUACUAUAGAAAAUGCCAUAGUUUGUUAUUAUUAUUAUUUUUUUGGUAUGUACAGAAGUGCCAUGUUAAUGGGCUUACUGUUGUUAGGGAUAACCUGUAUUGUAAUAGUUUAUCUUGAAAUUUCUUUAAGACUUCUUUUCUCAUAAGUUUUGGUUUCUUAUUAUAUUACUGUAAAUUGUUUAAUCACUAAUCGGUUAAUGUUAUUUUUGCUAGUAUAUUUUAAAGAAUCAUAAAACCUAACAGUCCAGAAUGUAAAAGUAAUUAAAUUGUCCUGUAUUUCCCAUUUCUCUGGGAAAAAGAAGCCAAAUUUAUUAUGUUGUGUUUGGAUUUUUAAAAUAUUAAUAAAUGAGUUUGCAAUGCAAACCAA